CGGUCCCAGAGCCUGUCCCUGCCCUGCAGAGCUCCCGGUCUGAGCAGCCCAAGGCUCGUGCUCCCCACGUGACAGGAGGGGAAACUGAGGCCAAGGAUCUGCCAGGACUUCCCACAGGCGCGGAGAGCGAGCGGCCGGACGGCCAUGCUGUCGGCGCAGGAAGCCAGUCUCCCGCAGCAGAAGUAAAGGAGGAGAAACGGCCUGCACAGCCCCCGCCCUCGCCCGGGCCCCGGCCACGCCUGUCACCCGAGGAAGCCAGCAACGCGCAACGAGCCGCCCAGAAGGAGAAGCUCCAUGCAGAGCUGAAGCGGGUCUUGCAGCGGAAAGGCGAGAGCCAGCCCAGCGCCCCCGCCAUGGAGACCCAGACCAGGGUGACGGAGGAGGCAGCGAAGACGUCGGAGCUGGUGGAGAUCAUCCUGGAGACAGAGGCCAGGGCCGGGGCCAGUGGGAUCAGCGUGGCCGGUGGGGGCAAGGAGGGGCUCUUUGUCUCCGACGUGCUGAGGGAGUCCCCCGCGGCCAAGGCCCUGAGCCUGAAAGAAGGUGACCAGCUCCUGAGCGCCAGGGUUUACUUUGAGAAUGUCCGAUACGAAGACGCCCUCAGGAUCCUGAAGUGCGCGGAGCCGUACAAGGUCUCCUUCUGCCUGAAACGCACCGUUCCCCGGUCGGACGUCCCCGGGAGCCCCGCAGCCGGCGGCCUGGAAGUGAAGGGACCCCAGGCGAAGCUGGCCAAGCUGAGCAUAAAGAGCCUGGCGCCCACGAGGAAGCAGAAGGGGAAGGGCCUGGCGAAGGCCCCGGAGGAGGAGGCGGCCCUGCCGGGCAGCGUGGAGCCGUCGGCGGGGAAGCUGGAUGUGGCCCCUGUGGACGUGGAAUUCUCCUUGCCCAGGUUCGCCAAGCUAAGGAAGGCGAAGAGUGCGGCCGAGGCGGGAGCGGCCGGGCCCAGCCCAGCCGGCUCUGUCGAGCUCUCCUCUUCGCACACCAAGGGGAGGAGGCUCAAGUUUCCAAGGCUGAAGGUGAAGGAGGCGGCAGGCGCGCAGGCGCUGGCUGUGGCGGGGCCGCCGGAAGCAGCCUGGCCCAAGGGGAGCGUGGAAGGGGAGGCAGGUGUCCAGGGGAAAGCCCCCCAGUUCGCAGCCCCAUGCCCCAAGGUGAAAAAGCCCAAGCAGGAUGCUGGGCUUGUGGAGGUCGAACUCAAGGACCAAGUCAAGUUCAAGGCCCCCCAGGUUGAACUGGACAUUCCCAUCCCUGACCUCAAAGCCUCCAAAGCGGCGGCUGGCGUGGAGACUGCGGAGAUCUCGGGCAAGGGGGAAGCUUUGCGGCUCAAGCUGCCCACGGUCGGGGUGUCCGCCAGGCCUGCGGAGGGGGAAAGGGAGGUAGAAGGGCUGGAGGGGAAGCUGAAGGUGCCUAAAGUUGGGAUUUCCCUGCCAAUGGCAGCCCGGGAAGCAGAAGGGCCAGAGGAAGAGCUCAGAGCUGGCAUCAAACUCCCCUCGGUGGAAAUAGCAGCCCCCAAAGUAGAGGUGGACUUGAGCCUUCCCAAAGUGGAAGGAGCCCUGGAAGCACCAGACAUGAGCGCCAAAGGGGAGGGCUUGAAAAUCGAAAUGCCCAAGUUUGGCAUCUCUGGAGGGGAAAUGGAAGGCACCCUGAAAACAGCCGCCAUCCCGGCCCCCAAGCUCGGCACCUCUCUGCCCAGCGACAAAGGGGACGCCGAGGGGGCAGCCGGCAGGAAGCUCCCCUCCCUUAACAUAGGGGUGCGGCAGGUGGCUGUUGAGAUCCCCCUUCCCAGGGGCAAGGCAGACACAGAAUGGGAAGUGGAGCUCCCUGACGUGACCGUGAAGAUCCCCAAGAUCAGCCUGCCCACGCAUGGGGGCAAAGCCAAAGAGGAGGAGGUGGAGAGGGAGCUCAAGGUGCCCCAGGUGGAAGUGAAAGUGGGGAAGGCAGAGCGGGAGAGCCCUGAGUUGAAGGCAAAAGGUCCCAAGCUUAAGAUGCCAAGCUUUGGGAUCUCCCUGCGGGAACACAAGCCCGACGCAGACACCAAAGCGAAAGAGCCUGCUGCCGAAGGGAAGGUGAAAUUCCCUGUGGUGAAGAUGCCCUCCAUCGACAUCUCUGUCCCCAAAGCUGCCGACGUGCAACUGCCCAAAACGAAGAUGGAACCAGUUGGGCUAGCCGGUGAGGGGAGGGUGAAAGCCCCUGAUGGGGACGGUGCUGAGGGUCCCGAGUUCAAAUUCAAAAUGCCACAGGUGUCGCUUCCGAAAUUCGACCUCUCUGGCAUGGCCGGGAAAGCCGAGAGCAAGGCCCACAUGCCUUCGCCCAAAGCCCCGCAGCUGGAGGCCAACACCGGGGGCCUGGAGAUCGCGGCUGGGAAGAUAAGCAUGCCCACGCUGGAUAUCUCUGUGCGGGAGAUUAAGCCGGUCGAUGUGGAGCUGCCGGAGGCCUCUUUGCGAAAGCCCAAGCUUGAGAUAGCUGUCGAGAAGCCGAAGAUUGAGGUGAGGCUGCCCUCAGGGAAAGCUGAUGGGAGGAGGCUGGAGUCUGAGGUGGAAAUGACCCAAGCCAGGCUGAGUUUCCCGUCGGUGAAGAUGCCAUUGCUGGACAUCGACAUGCCCAAGGUAGGCGUUGAUCUGGACCUGCCGAAGGCAGAGCCUGGCUUCAAGGGGGAGCUCAGGGCAGUGGCAGGCCUGAAGGAACGUGACCUCCAGCUGCAAAAGCCUCAGGAGCCUCUCCCGAAUUUCGGGGCUGUCUGCAAGGACUUGGAGGUGGAGAUCGAUGUGCCAGCUCCCAAGGCCAAGGCUGACCGCCCCACACCACGAGCAGAGGUUGAGCUCCAGGGUGCAGCCUUUGAAGGCCCGGAUCUAAGUGGGAUGGUGGCGAAGAUCCCCAAGGUGGAUAUUUCGUUUGGGAAAGAGAAGCUGGAGGGUGAGGAACUGGACAGAGAGGGGCCGGAAGGGAAGGGCAAAGCGGAUAUGAAGUUCCCAAAGGUCGGCCUAGAACUCAAAAGCCCCGAAGUGAAGCCUGGGAGCCUGGAGGCCAGAGCGAAGCUGCCCUCCGUUGAAAUUUCAACGCCUAAGCUCCCCGACGUGGCCAUUGAGGCCCCGCUGGGGGGAACAGCUGCCGUUGACAUCAGUGGAAAACUGCCGGAGACCGAUACCAAGCUGAAAUCGCCCAAAUUCUCUUUCCCCAAAUUUGGCAUCUCUGGCCCGAAGGUUAAGAAAGGAGGCCUGGAGGCUGUGACACUGCAAGCUGAGCUGGAGGCGGAAACCCUGGAAGCAAGCACCAAAGGGCCUAAGCUGAAGAUGCCAAAAUUUGGGCUCUCGUUCUCCAGGUCGAAACAGGGGGCCGACUUGGAUGGGCCCAGGCUCUCUGCGGAGGGAGAGGGGAAGGCUCCCAAGGGGAAGGUGGAGAUCUCAGGGCCUCACGUCGAUAUGGACUCCCCCGAAGCCAAAAUGAAGCUGCCUUCAGUGAAAUUUCCCACGGUUGACAUCUCCAGCCCCAGAGUGGAUGUGGACAUUGACUUGCCCAAGGGAAAGGGGGACGUCUCAGGCCAAGGGGUCACACAGGCUGGGGAAACAUCGCCUAACAUCAGCAUGGAGGUCCCAGACAUUAAGCUGAAGAUGCCAAAAUUUUCACUGCCAAAAUUUGGGGGCCAGGACAGGGAGAAGCAGCUGGAACUGGAGCAAGAGACGCUCAAGGGAGAAGUGAAAGGGAGCGUCGAGGCCUUGUCCGGAGAGCUAGACGGGAAAGCAAAGGGCAAGGAGGCCAAGAUGAAGAUGCCCAGGUUCAAAAUGCCGUCGUUUGGCAUUGCCAGGAAGGAUGUAGAGGUGUCUGGGCCCAGUGUCACAGCUCCUGAGAUUGACGUGAAAGGCAAGAAAGGGAAAGCAGUCGCCAAAGAGCCCAACGUGGCUGCUGGGAGCCCAGAGGAGAAGCUAAAAGGCCCCUUCAUGAAGAUGCCAAAACUGACGAUCUCUUCUCCCAAGGCUGACCUAAAAGUAGAAGCCGACAUGAGAGGCUCCAAAGAUGAAAGUUACAUCCAAGGCCCCGACAUAGAAAUUAAAAUGCCCCAGGUCGAGCUGCCAAAGUUUGGAGCCAAAGAGGAGAAAGCCAACAUGGAGAUGUCUGAGAGACCGGAAAGCCCUGGCACCAAGUUAAAAGUGGGCAUGGUUAAGAUGCCAUCACUAGACAUCUCUGCGCCUGACCAAGUUCCUUCAUUGCAAAUCUCUGUUCCCGGUGUAAGAGCGGAAGGCGAGCCAUCGGUGGGAAAGCCGGUCAUGGACGUCUCUGAGGCUGAUAUCAAGGGGUACGAAGGAAACUUGAAAAUCCCCAAGGCGCCUUCCAUUGGCAUCUCUGCGCCAAAGCUAGACUUGGAUAUCAGCUUGCCGAAAGCCAGUGUGGAGAUGCUGGGCCAGCAUGAGGCUGGGCUGAAAAUAGAGGGGGAUGCCGCCUUUAAGAAAGCAGACACCAAAAUUAAGAUGCCCAAGGUGGAGCUGCCCAAAUAUGGGCUGGAGGGUUUCUUGGGGAAAGACUUGGAUAGAGAGUUGAGUGGUGCCGAGGCAGAGAUGCACCUCCUCAAAGGACAAAAGCUGAAAGGGCCUUCCAUAAAGGACCAGAAAGUAACCCUGGAGAUGGAAGGGGGCAAAUAUGCAGCUGAUACUACCGAAGCCUCCCUGCUGGGUUCCAAGAUCCGGGUGCCCAAACUGGAUAUUUCCUUGCCCAAAGCCAGGCUGUCAGACGUAGAGGUACCUCUGACCGAGGGGGAGAUCACCAUCGAGGGACUGGAGGAAGCUGAGGGGAAAUUUAAGCUGCCGUCGGUUGGGCUACCUAAAUUUUCUACCCCAAAGGUGAAAGCUCCAGAGGUAGGAUUUGAUGUUGGCUUAAGCAGAGAUCAAGACUUUGCUCUGGACACGUCUGGGCUGCAUGGGAAGGUGCCCAAAGUCGAAGUGAGUGGCCCAAAGAUUAAGCUGCCUAAAUUCGGGGGAGCUAGUUCUGAUGACCAAUGGGAGGCAGAUAUAGACUCAUCCAAGACCCCCAAGGUGGAGCUUAAACCCCCUAAAUUCCGGGGGAGCCUCGAGACCCCAGGCAGCGAAGUGGUGGUGAAAGAGGCCAAACUCAAAAUGCCGUCGGUUCCCAUCGGCUUCACUGUGGACAAGGGAGAGGGGGAGAGUUCCCCCAGGACAGAGGACUCUGAGACAGACGGUUACGACAGCAAGUUCAAACUGAAGAUGCCCUCGUUCGGGAUUUCCAAAGUUGGCUCAGAGGCCAAGGGGGAUGAGUCCAGGAUGGACACCCAGCCCCUCUGCCCCACAGCAGAGGGAACGGACUUCUCCUUUAAAAUGCCUCAGCUUGUCAUUCCAGACGUGGGGUUCUCAGCGGGCCCAGGGGAAGCUCCAGCUUUGGAGGGGGGGAAAGCCGAGAUGGGUGGAGACGCCAGGGUCAGGGUUGAGAAACUGGCAGGUGCUGAAGAUCUGGAGCGAGACGUGGGAGGGUUAGAGGUCAGGCUCAAGAUGCCCAAAAUCAAGAUGUCACCAUUCGGGAUUUCAGGAUCCAAAGGGGACGAGGGGACUAUGACGGCAUCUCUCCACAGCCACAAGGGUUCAGACAGUGAACAGGUCGGGGGGAAGAAAUCCCUGUUCAAAAUGCCAGACCUGGAGAUCUCUGCCCCAAGUAUCAAGGCGCAUGCAGAAUAUGAAGUUGAGGGGGCUCAGCUUCAUCACAGUGGUUCCACAGAGCUGCCGAGAACUGGUGCUGCUGGCAUCCAAGGUGAGGAUCAUAGUGUCAAGGCUCCGGGAGGGAAGGGGGACACUUCUGAAGCCGAGGCAGGGAAGAAGUAUAAAAUGAAGCUGCCCAAGUUUGGGAUCGCCCUGCCCAAAGCCACCCAGGAAGGAGGAGAAGGGCACCUUUCUAGGGGGGAAAGCAAGGCCCAGGAGGCCGAAACCAAGGUGAAGAUGGCCAAGGUGAAGAAGGCGGUCUUUGUGCUGGUGAAGCCCAAGGCGAAGGGGGCAGAAGCAUCCUCUGGGCUCUUGGAAGGAGAUGGCGAAGCUGCUGCUGGCUCCUUGGAAGGGGAUGGGGAUGGCAAGGCAAAGGUGCCCAAAAUAAAGCUGAAGCCCAGCUUUGGGUUCUCGCUCUCCAAAUCCAAAGCUGGGGUGGAAGUCAACGGGGAGCUAGAGCCCUCAGCCAAGGAGGAAGGGGAGCUGGAGAAAGGCUCCAAGCUGAAACUGCCCAAGCUGGGCUUCUCCAAGGCCGAGAUCACGGACCUGGGCACCAGCGGGAAGGGAUCAGCAUCUCAGCUCAAUGGGGAGGAGGCAGAACUGUCUCUGCAGAAUGGCUCCCAGGACAGCAAGGCAAAGCUGGGGAAGAUCAAGCUGCCCCAGGUUGAAUUCUCCUCCCCGUAUAAGGCGGCAGAGAUGGACCCUGAAAUGAACCUCAAGCUGGUGAGGGCGGAGGAGGCCAAGGAUGAGGCUCACGUCAGCACCUUCAUGGCUCUCAAGGCGGCCAAGUUCAAGUCCCCCAAGAUCACGUUCUCAGGUUUCAAGAAGAAGGAAGGGGAACACGCCGGGAAUGUGGUCUCUUCGGCUGCCAGGACAGAGAUGGCCUUGUUGGAAAAGGGGGAGAGGGAUCAAGAUGCCAAGCCAGAGACGUCCAAGAUCUCGCUGGGCUUCACCUCCAAGUCGAAGGGGGACUACAAUGUGGAGAGAGGCGAGCUGGACGGCAGAGAUAAAUCCCCUAAGUUCAAGUUCCCCAAGCUGGCCUUCAGCCCCCAAACCAGAGGAGUGCUAGAAGUCACUUCCAAGCAGCAGGAGAGAGGGGGCUCCUCCCAGGGGGAAGGAGAGAAGGGGCCGGGAGCACUGGAGGGAUUCAAGAUUCGGACGCCCAAGCUGGGUUUCUCCACUCAGCUGGAGGAGCAGAUCCCAGAGGAGGGAGGGGGCCGAGUGAAGCCAAUCAAGGGCGAGGUGAUGGUGGGGAAAUCGUCCCCCAUAUGAGGUUGGAGUGGGGCAGGGAAAGCAGAGACUUGAACAGCCCCCCCCCCUCGCUUGGGAGCUUGGCAGGCUGGUAUCUGUACAGU